AUGGGUCUGUACAGCAGGCUACGGCCAUCAGAUUGUUAUUCAAUAAUCGAUCCUCUCUACUACAACUGGGAUUUUGACCGCGGCAAACGCGCCCUUGAGCUCGUUAUAUUUAACAUUAUCAUCCGCAAAACGGCUUCUAACAACAACUGUUUCCAGGUUCGGCAGUGUAUGAGAUACCGCGGCAAACCCCUUCACUUGGCCAAUUUAUCCUGCGGAUACUUUGUGGGAAAAACGCCGCACACGGCACAAGCUUCUCCACAAAAGCACAUUGACGGCCUGAAGCUUGUUGCAAAGGACGCUUCAGAUGCACGAGCCCUUGUGGCAAGUGUAACCUUUGCAAAUGCUCCUAUUAAAGCUCCUGAAGUUCCUCCGUCCUUGAACACAGUGACAGGAGAUCUAGCAUACGCCAGCCAUCAGGUUCCGAACGAGUCGACUGUCCCAAAGGAAAAGCAAUCGCAGAUAUGUACCGAGUUUAAAAUUGUGGGUGACGACCUACAGCGCCUUUUGGCAACCCUUCAAGGAAAGCAUGACACGCUCAAAGGUGUUGGCUUUGCUGGGCCUAUCCAGACAGCACUUCGAAAUAUGGAAGGGGUCUUUGAAACCACAUCUCUACAAAUUGUUCGGGUGGUGCCGGAGUGCGAGGCAGAUGCCCACAAGGUUACAACAGCCGUCGACAACGCGCUGUCUGCUACCCUAUCUCAGUAUUCGUCCUAG